UCUGCGGACCAAGUCGGAGCUAUACGUGCACACCAAAAGGAUAUACACCCAACCAUCCACGCCACACGAUAUACAUCCUGCCGUUGAUCCUUUGUCCACACAACUGAGCUCACAAAGGAUACGCGAUAGCAAGUGCACCGAAAGUGAUAAAAGAGUUAUAUCUAAGGAGCGCUUCAUAUUGGACAGUGACAGUGCAGUGCUGAAGUCUAUUCGCCAAUUCGAUCCGAUCGUUCCACUAAAGUGAUAUAAGAAAUACAGACUGAACUGCUGCCGAGCCUGACUAGCAGCCAAGGAUCGAGAAGCCACAGAAGAUGCCCAACAAGAAGAAAGCGGAGGCGGAGACCGCAGCAGGUGGGGAUGGCACGGACGUCGUGAUCUCGGGGCUCUCGGGCAAACUGCCGGAGAGCAGCAACAUCGAGGAGUUCAAGUACAAUCUGCUCAACGGCAUCGACAUGGUCACAGACGAUCCCAGGAGGUGGGAGGCAGGCAUCUAUGGACUGCCGGAGCGUAUGGCCAAGAUGAAGGACGAGGAUCUGGAGAAGUUCGAUGAGAAUUUCUUCAGCGUGCACCAGAAGCAGGCCGAACUGAUGGACCCCUGCAUGCGCAUGCUGCUGGAACUGACCCACGAGGCGAUCAUCGAUGCGGGCAUAAAUCCAGCCCAGCUACGUGGCACCCGCACCGGCGUCUACAUUGGUCUGUCCUUCGUGGAGACGGAGCACGAGAUCCCCAACAUGGAGCCGAGCACCAUCAAUGGCUACUGCCUCACGGGCUGUGCCCGCGCCAUGUUCGCCAAUCGCAUCUCCUACACGUUCGACUUCAAGGGACCUAGCUUCAUCGUGGACACCGCGUGCUCCAGUUCCCUGGUGGCGCUAUCGCACGCCUACGCGGACAUGCGAGCGGGCCGCUGCGACUAUGCCCUCGUAGCGGGAGUCAAUCUCAUUCUGAAGCCGAUCUUUGCGUUGCAGUUCCUGCGCCUGGGCAUCGUCAGCCAGGAUGGCGCCUGCAAGACUUUCGAUGCCGCCGCCAAUGGCUAUGCCCGGGCCGACACCUGUGCUGUGGUCCUGCUCCAGCGUCGGGCCCAGGCCAAGCGCGUUUACGCAUCCAUUUUGAAUGUGCGCACGAACACGGAUGGGUUCAAGGAGCAGGGUGUCACUUUCCCCGACGGCCGAAUGCAGCAGGCGCUGCUGGAGGAAACAUACAGCGAGAUCGGGCUUAAUCCCGAUGACGUGGUCUACGUGGAGGCCCAUGGCAGUGGCACCCCUGUAGGCGAUGACCAGGAGGCCAAUAUGCUGAGCAAUUUCUUCUGCCAUCCCGCUCGACCCACUCCCCUGCUCAUCGGCUCGGUCAAGUCGAAUAUGGGCCAUGCGGAGCCUGCCUCGGGGGUGAGCGCUCUGGCCAAGAUGAUCAUUGCCAUGGAGGAGGGCAUCCUGCCCAGCAAUCUCCACUACCGUACACCCAAUCCUGCCGUGCCAGCUUUGGUCGAGGGUCGCCUCAAAGUAGUGGACCGCAAUAUGUCCUGGCAGGGCGGCAUUGUCGGCCUCAACUCCUUCGGCUUUGGCGGUGCCAAUGCCCAUGUCAUCCUCCGGUCACAUGGCAAGUCAAAGGCCCCCAGGUCAAGCCCCAAGUCCACCGCGGAGGAGCAGUGCCUCAAGCUGGUGGUCUGCUCGGGUCGGACGGAGCCAGCGGUGCAGCAGCUGCUGCAGGUGGCCGCCGAGAAGCGACUCGACGACGAGUUCCUUGCCCUCAUCAAUGACAUCCACUCCCAUCCCAUUCCGCUACAUCCCUACCGUGGCUAUGCCGUCCUGGGCCCCAGCGGUGCUCUCAAGGAGGAGAUACUCCCCCAUGAAGAAGAGUCCCGACCCAUUUGGUUCGUCUACGCCGGCAUGGGCAGCCAAUGGGCCAGCAUGGCCAAGGAUCUCAUGCAAAUGGACGUGUUCCGAAAAUCUAUAGAGCAUUGCGCCGAGGUGCUUGCUCGGGUGGACUUCGAUCUGAUAGACGUCCUGACACGCUCCACAGAGCGCACCUUUGACAACAUGCUGUACUCCUUCGUGUCCGUAUCCGCUGUCCAGGUGGCACUGACUGACCUCCUGAAGACCCUGGGGAUACAGCCGGACGGCAUCAUUGGGCACUCGGCGGGAGAGCUGGGAGCCGCCUACAUGGAUGGCUGCCUGACGGCCGAGCAGACGGUGCUGGCGGCCUACUGGCGUGGUCGGAGCGUGCUGGACACGCCUGACCUGCCGCGUGGCAAGAUGGCAGCCGUGGGCCUGAGCUGGGAGGAGAUUGGCGGACACCUGCCGGCGGACUGCUAUGCGGUGUGCCACAACAGCGAAGACAACUGCACGGUGUCUGGUCCCGUGGCCUCCAUGGACGCGGCCAUCCUACAGCUGCAGGCGGAGGGAGUCUUUGUACGGGAGGUGGGUUCCGGGGGCUAUGCAUUCCACAGUCCAUACAUUGAGGGUGCUGCCCCGAUGCUCCGCCGUAACUUGGAGCGACUCAUCACGGAGCCGAAGCCACGCAGCCAACGAUGGCUGAGCACAAGCGUCAAGGAGCAGGACUGGCAGACACCCGAAAGCCGUGAGGCCUCUGCCGGGUAUUUCAUCAACAACCUGAUCUCGCCCGUGCUCUUCCUGCAGGCCAUCCGCCACAUACCCCAGAAUGCGCUCAUCGUGGAGAUCGCCCCCCAUGGCCUCUUCCGGGCCAUCCUCCGCUCCUUGGGUCCGCAGAUCGGCUACGUGAGUCUCAUGCAGCGCGGCCAUGCCAACAACUACGAGUUCCUCCUGAGCCAAGUGGGGCGUCUGUUUGCCUCCGGCGGACAGCCGCAGCUGCUGAAGAUCUCACCCGAGAUCAGCUACCCCGUGUCACGGGGUACGCCAAUGCUGGGCUCCUUGGUGGGCUGGGACCACACCCAGAAGUGGAACUACCCGAAGUUCAAGGGCGGCCGGCAGUCGGGACAGCUGUGCGUGGAACUGGACCUGUCCAAGGAGGAGAACGCCUUCCUUGUGGGCCAUACCAUCGACGGAAGGAUCCUGUUCCCGGCCACGGGCUACAUGACGCUCGCCUGGAUGAUGCUGGCCCAGCAGCAGGGGCUGGACUAUCUGCGCACUUCGGUGCUUUUCGAGGAUAUUAUCUUCCAUCGGGCUACCAUCCUAAAUGCGGGCACAACCGUGAAGCUUGCCCUGAACUAUUUUCCGGGCAGCAGCAGCUUCGAGAUCUGUGAGGGCAGCAGCCUGGUGGCCUCCGGCAAGCUCCGGCUGGUCACGAACGUACAGCAGGAGCGGCUCACACUGCCCGCUCUGCCCGGAACUGCGGGUUCCCAGAAGCUCUCCACGAAUGACAUCUACAAGGAGCUGCGUCUCAGGGGAUACGACUACAGUGGCGUCUUUCAGGGCAUCCUGGAGGCGGACAUUGCGGCGGUGACGGGUCGUCUGCAGUGGGCGGAGAACUGGAUCAGCUUCAUGGACACCAUGCUGCAGUUCCGCAUCCUCAGCAACGACAUCCGCGAGCUGUAUGUGCCCACGGGCAUCGAGAGAGUGCUCAUUGACCCGCUCCAUCACAUGGAGCUGGUGAAGCGGCACCAGCAAAAGCUGCCCGUCUACUGGCACCGCAACAUCUCUGUGGUCAAGUGCGGCGGAGUUGAGAUCCACAAAAUGAAGACCGCUCAGACCCAGCGGCGUUCCGGGGGUCAAUCGGCGCCCACCCUGGAGCGCUACCGUUUCGUGCCCAAUGUCCAGCAUUUAAGCCAGCGCGAGGAGCAGCAGCGCUCUAGAAGCACGGCCCUGGCAGUGGCCAUUCAGCUGAUUGUCGAGAACAGUGGGUGUCCCAUCAAACUGAAGGGCGUGGAACUGUCUCCGGACCCACUGCAUGCCCUGGAGCUGUUGGAGCUGAUUGAACGGGAGCCCAUCCUCGUGGCAGAUCUGUCUGUCACCAGUACAUCCUCCACGGAAUCCGAGCUCCAGGCACAGCUGAAGGAGGUGGGUGUGAAGGUAAUAGUCAAGGAUCUGUCAGCGGGUGCCGUGGAGCAGCAAUGUCACUUUGUCCAUGCUUUCGAUCUGCUGACAAAGCACUCAUUGAAGGAGAUGCAAAACUGCGUGGAAUCGCUCAAGGCAGAGGGUGGCUUCUUGCUCCUGGAGGAGACCGCCAGUGGGUACAAUCUGACAGGAAAAGAUAAGCUUACCAAGCUCCAACUGUUGCCAGUUUUGGAACAUUUCUUUGGCACUGAUCGUGUGCUGAUCCUCGCCAGAAAGAGCCCAUCCCACGAGUCCAGGCGAUCGCUCGUGGUUUCCGUAACCAACACACACUUCAAGUGGAUAUCGGAUCUCAAGAAUGCCCUGGCCAAAGCCCAGGCCGAACAGAAGUGCCUCUAUCUGGUGGCCCAAGGGGAACCUAGCUCUGGGGCACUAGGUCUGAUGAACUGCCUCAAACGAGAGCAGGGCGGCAACUGGGCCCGCCUCUACCUUAUGCUGGACGAGGGUCUGCCCCGGUUCUCGCUUGACACGCCCUUCUACGCCGAGCAGCUGGCCAAGGAUCUGGCUAUCAAUGUCUACAGGAAAGGCAGCUGGGGCACCUUCCGUCACCUGAAGAUCGACUCCCAGCAGCCCCUGCUGCCCGUGGAGCAGGCGUACGUAAACACACUGGUCAAGGGUGAUCUCUCCUCGCUGCGUUGGAUCGAGAGUCCGCGCACCUGCCAGCUGCCCGUCCAGACAGGAUUCGAGCCAUGCACUGUCUACUACGCGCCCCUCAACUUCCGGGACGUGAUGCUGGCCUCCGGCAAACUGGGCGUGGAUGCACUGCCCGGGGAUCUGGCCUUCCAGGACUGUGUGCUGGGCCUGGAGUUUGCCGGACGCGACUCCCAAGGACGCCGCAUCAUGGCUAUGGUCACGGCCAAGUCGCUGGCCACCAACUGCCUCGCGAAUAGGAACCUUCUGUGGGAAAUACCCCACAACUGGUCCAUGGAACAGGCUGCCACCGUGCCAGUUGUGUAUGCCACCGUCUAUUACGCUCUGGUGGUGCGCGGACAGAUGAAGAAGGGCGAGCGCAUUCUCAUCCAUGCAGGAUCCGGAGGAGUGGGCCAGGCAGCUAUCUCGGUGGCCCUGGCUCAUGGUCUGACGGUCUUCACGACCGUCGGCAGCAAGGAAAAGCGAGAGUUCCUGCUGAAGCGAUUCCCCAAGUUGCAGGAGCGGCACAUUGGCAACUCCCGUGACACCUCCUUCGAGCAGCUUGUAAUGACAGCGACCCAUGGCGAGGGCGUGGAGCUGGUACUCAACUCCCUCUCCGAGGAGAAGCUACAAGCCUCCAUUCGCUGUCUGGCACUCAAUGGACGCUUCCUGGAGAUUGGCAAAUUUGAUCUAAGCAACAAUACCCCGAUGGGCAUGUCGGUGUUCCUCAAGAACACCUCCUUCCACGGUAUCCUUCUGGACAGCGUGAUGGAGGGCGAGGAUGAGAUGCAGAGACUGGUGGCCAGGCUGGUAACCGAGGGUAUCAAGAGCGGGGCUGUCCUCCCGCUGAACACCACUAUGUUUGCGGACAAGGAGAUCGAGAAGGCGUUCCGCUUCAUGGCCUCCGGCAAGCACAUCGGCAAGGUAGUCAUCCAGGUGCGUCACGAGGAGGAGCAGAAAUCCGCCCUGCCCAAACUGCGUCAGAUCAAUGCCAUUGCCCGCUCCUACAUGCACCCGGAGAAGAGCUACAUCCUGGUGGGAGGUCUCGGAGGAUUCGGCCUGGAACUGGCCAACUGGCUGGUUUCACGCGGUGCUCGUUUCCUCGUCUUGAGCUCCCGUUCGGGGGUGAAGACUGGCUAUCAGGCGUUGAUGAUCCGUCGCUGGCAUGACCGCGGCGUCCAGGUGAUGAUCGAUACCAACGAUGUGACGACUGCCGUGGGAUGCCAGAGGCUGCUGGAGAGCAGCGACAAGUUGGCUCUGGUUGGAGGCAUCUUCAACCUGGCUGCGGUACUUAGGGACGGACUCUUCGAGGACCAAACCUCGAAAAACUUUGAGCAGGUGACGGCGCCCAAGCUGCUGGCCACCCAGCACCUGGACAGACUCUCCCGGGGUAUGUGUCCGGCCCUGGAGUACUUUAUUUGCUUCUCCAGUUUGGCCUGCGGACGGGGAAAUCUUGGACAGACCAACUACGGCCUGGCCAACUCCUCCAUGGAGCGGAUUUGCGAACAGCGCCAGAGCGAUGGUUACCCUGGCACGGCCAUUCAGUGGGGCGCCAUCGGGGACACAGGCUUGAUCAUGGAGCACAUGGGCAACAACGACACCGUCGUCGGAGGCACUCUGCCGCAGCGCAUGAACAGCUGCCUGGAGACGAUGGAUUUGUUCCUGCAGCAGCCACAUCCCGUGCUGGCUUCCAUGGUGCUGGCCGAGAAGCGUAAGAUGGAGCAGACAAAUCGCCUCAGUCUGAUCGCCACGAUAGCCAACAUCAUGGGCUUGCGGGAUGUGAAGAGCGUGCAGGACAAGACGACACUGUUCGACCUGGGAAUGGACUCGCUGAUGAGCACAGAGAUCAAGCAGACCCUGGAGCGACAUUUCGAUCUGGUUUUGACGGCACAGGAGAUCCGCCAGCUGACAUUUAGCGCCCUCAAGCAGAUCGAUGCCCAAGAGCCCAUCACAGCAGCCGGCUCCAACUCCAGUUCGGGCUCCAGCUCGACUGCCACAAGUCCUGCAGAGCAGGCGGGACAGAUAAAGGGACAGGGACAGAGCGAUGAGACUCGCAAGGUAUUCGCCAAGGAAGUAUUACCCCAGGAGGUGCUCGUGCGUCUGCACUCGAAGGCGCCGGUGGCCAGCGAGGAGCCGGCCGUCUUCUUCCUCGCUCCCAUCGAGGGCUUCACGAUUGCCGUUGAGGCGCUGGCCUCCUCCCUCACCUGCCCCGCCUACGGCCUGCAGUGCACCGAACAGGUGCCCCUCGACUCCAUCGAGGCCUGCGCGGCCUACUAUCUGGGCCAGAUCCAGCGACUACAACCUCGUGGCCCUUACAACAUAGUGGGGUAUUCUUACGGCUGCCUCCUCGCGCAUGCCAUUGGCGUGGCCUUGGAGCAGCGGCGCUUCGGCGUCAAGGUCAUUAUGCUGGACGGUGCCCCCACCAUAGCCAGCGGCUAUGUGCAGGAGGCCAAGAAGCAGACCGAUGACCUCAACCGACAGCAGUCCAUGACGCUGGCCUACUUUGGGGCACUCCUUGCCGAUGUGGACUACAAUAAGCUUCUGCAGUUACUAGAUGGCGUCAAGACGUGGCCAUCGAAGCUGGACAAGUUGGCCGAUACACUGUCCGGACACACGCAACAAACCAAAGAAGUGAUCAAGAAAGCUGCCUGCAUGUUCAAACAGAAGCUUUUGCUCUCGGAGAGCUACAAGGGAGCCAAACAACUGCACAGCGACGUGGUCCUGAUCAAAUCCGCCGAGCACAAUGCCAUAAUGGCCCAGGACUAUGGGCUCAAGGAGAUUUGCAGCGCCCAGAUCGAUAUGCAUGUGGUGGAGGGCACACACAGGACGUUCCUCAAGGAGGCGCAGACGUUACAGAUCCUCGAACGUGUGCUGAGGAAGCGGCUCUAGUUGAUAGCAUCAUGAUUUACUCUGUAGCUGUUAAUGUAUCGUUAUAUACCAAUAAUACACGUAGCAAUCUCCCGGAUUGUAUAAGUACUCCUACUAA